CAAUUAUUGGUUACCGCUUAUCAUGGGACUUUAUCUCCUCACGUUGCUCCACUAUCUUGUGGAUCAGAUAUUUAGGUCAAAGGCUCUGGGUGUGACCCCCUAGGAAAACCACCUGCUUCGGUUUGAGCAUAGAGGCAGUAUCAUAGCCCAUAUAUAAAUCAAGUAACUUGUGUGACGCAUAUCAAUUUGGUGCCUCGUUGUACCAAUGUUUAUGUUUUUAAAUAAAUAAAUAACCCAAUGACCCACUUAUUUACAUUCAUAUCCCUAAACUAAUGCUAGUUAUUUCAAGAUGGUUAUCUAUCCUAAUUAAUAUACAUGUUGCAUAACUACAAAUUGAAAAAAAACAUCUUUCCUUAUCACUAUUUACUUUUUUAAAUCAUAGAAUGAUUGUUAACGGAUCUUUCAUUUCAACAUCUAAUGGAUAAUCAAAAUAAACUGAAUACUGAAUCAACUAUGACAGACAAGUUAAAUGUCUCCUAUAUGUCAUCCCUUCCAUCAAUACCUGAAGUAUCAUCACCACCAUCGUCGAGGAAACGUCGCUCUAUAACGUAUGCUAUUUCUAGAUUGAAACAAAUGAAAAUGGCUCGACAAGAAGUGCAUCUUGAAUCCAAUGUUUCUUCUGAUCAUAUUGAUAUUACAAUUCCCUUAACAAAUACACAAUCAGGUGACACCAAUCAUAAUAAUACAGUACAACUGAAUCAUACUAAUAAUUCAACUCAAUUAAUAACAAUCAUUAAUAAUGACUUAUCAAAUCCUUUACAAUCAUAUAAUUCAUUAUCUGAUAAUAUUACUACUAGUAUUACUAAUAGUAGUACUAUUGAUCGGGAAAUGUCACCAAAAGAAUCUUCUUCACAUUUAAAUAUUACAUCACCAUCAUUAUCAUCAUCAACUACUACUACUACUACUACUACUACUACUACUACUACUACUACUACUACUACUACCACUACUUCUACUACUACUACUACUACUAACAAUAGUAAUAAUAAUAAUAUAAUACAUCAUGAUAAUAAUAUUGAUUCUAUUCUAAUUAGGAAUAAUUCAUCAAAAAUAUUUGCACAAUGUCUUUCAGAUAGUGAAUCUGAUGAAUACAUCGACUUGGAUACUAUUGAUGUUACAACAUGGUCUACAACAUAUUCUACAAAGGAUAAGAAUAAGAAGAACAAUAUAAGGAAUAAGAAUAAUAAGCGAAAGAAAGAAUCCACAACUAUGAAUGAUCAUCAUUCUGAAUUAACAAUAAUAACUAAUGAUAAUAAUAGUAAUAGUAAUAAUAAUAAUAAUAAUAGUAAUAAUAAUAGUAAUAAUGAUAAUAAUAAUGCAAUACAUCAUGAUACUACUAUUGAUUCUAUUGUAGUUCGGAAUAAUUCAUCAAAAAUAUUUACACAAUGUCUUUCAGAUAGUGAAUCCGAUGAAUAUAUCGACAUAGAUACUAUUAAUGAUACAAUAUGGUCUACAAAAGAUAAAAAUAAGAAUAAAAAGAAUAAUAUAAGGAAUAAUAAGAAUAAUAAGAGGAAAAAGGAAUUCACAACUAUGAAUGAUCAUCAUUCUGAAUUAACAAUAAUAACUAAUGAUAAUAAUAGUAAUAAUAAUAAUAAUAAUACUAUUAUAAAACAAAUACCUCAAUUAUCGAAUAAUGAAAGUAUACGGAAUGAUUAUGUACAAUUAGAUGAAUCUAUUUCUUCGCAUGAAACUAAUCCAUUACAUAACAAUAUCAUUAAUAAUAAUAAUAAUAAUAAGAUUAUGGAAUCAGAUGAUUAUUGUUGGAUAUGUCAUAAACCUGGUGAAGUUGUUAUAUGUAGUUAUUGUCCGAGAGUGUUUCAUGCAACUUGUUUAUGUGCAACAGACUUUCCAGAUGUAUGGCUUUGUCCUGAAUGUCAAGAUGUUAUGUUAGCUGAAUGUUCAUUGUAUCAAUUAGAAUCAUGGUGUAAUAUUACCGAAGAUCAAUUGAAACGAAUGUUAUUCUUUCUUUUGGAUCGAUUAUCUAGACAAUCUUGGGCACGAUAUUUUCGUGAACCAGUCGACUCAACAACUGUUAAAAAUUAUAAAGAAUUAAUAAAGUAUCCAAUUGAUUUACGUACUUUAUAUUCUCGUGUUAAAUCAGGUGUAUACGCUUCACCUCAAGCUUUUCUUGGAGAUUUCCGAUGGAUACUUCAUAAUUGUAUCAUAUUUAAUGGUGCCAGUUCUUCUAUUACAUCAUCUGCACGUCUUCUAGAUCGUACAUUUCAUCGUGAGUUUAAUUUAAUGCGUGCUUGUCCAACAUGUUAUCUUAAUCGUAUGCCAGCAAUUCAUUUAUUACCAUCGACAACUAGAAAACUGCCUCCAUUAACUGAAAAUGAACCUGAAUCUUAUUUAACUGUAGCUUCAGUACAAUCAUCAUCAUUAUUACCAAAUGAAUCAAAUGAAAUAAUUAGAAAUGAUAGUAUCAGCGUUUUUAAUGGUGUUAACGAUGAAUGCAACAAUAAUACUCCUACUAAUACUACUAGUAAUAAUAACGAAUCCAAAAGUUUGUCAUCAUCAUCAUCGGUACCUACAUUAGAUCCUUGGUGGUUUUGUAAAUUAUGUGAUGUGAUUCAUCCAAUUGUCUGGGUACGUCUUCAAAAUUAUCCACGUUGGCCAGCCAAAGUAAUUGCACAUGAUGGUAACUUUCUUCUUGUCUCAUUCUUUGGUGAUUAUGAUGUGACUAUUGCACCGACUGGUUCCGCUAAACUUCAUUCAUCUAGUCAAUCAAAAAGUUUAUCGAAACUAUCUAUCAUCACUAUGGAUUCUAAUAUUAAUAAUAAUAGUAUUGACAAGGAAAGUAACUCUGAUUGUAAUGGUACCAAACCUAUUACUUCUAUUGUUAGUAAUGAUAGUGUAACUUCUCAAUCUUCCAAGACAACAUCAUCACUAACUUCAGCAUUAACAACAUCAACAACAACCAUGGAUCCUAUGGUUAAAGAGAAUUUCCAUAAAGCUGUUGCAGAAUUAAAUUAUCAUAUAAAUUUAAUUUAUCAACGUUAUCCUGAAUUUAAACUACCUAUCAGUCAAUUGAGAUUUACUAAACAUCAUGUUAAAAAAUACUAUGGUCCAUUCAUUGAAAAUCCUUCUACUUCUUCUUCUGUAUCUGAAACAAUAACAAAUCUCAUUAAAGAAACAAAUUCUAUCAUUGAUAUGAAUCAUACUGUAAAUAAUACAACACAAGUGAUUUGUAAUACAACUUCUAAUAGUAUCAAUACUAUCAGUUCAACUAAUGUUAAUAAUAAAAAUAAUGAAAAAUUAGAUAAUACAAUAAAAUCAAAUUGUAUACAUUCAUCAAAUGAUACUUAUCGUGAACCAGUUUUAACACGUGUUGCUGCUAGUCUACGUAAUUCACCAAUUAUUACAUCAGAAUCAUCAACAGUAUUACAAACUUCAUGUUUACCAAUAAUUAGUAUAAAUACUAUAAAACGUAAAUAUAAUGAUAAUACAUCUUGUUCAUCAACAGUUACUAUGGAAUUAGAAAGUAUUAGUUCAGAAGAUAUUCAUGAUACAAUUGAUUAUAAUAAGAAAAAACAUAAAAAAAGUAAACAUCAUCAUUUGAAAAAGAUUACUUUAAAACCAUUAUCUGAAAAGAAGACUAUAACUAUUGUCACCAACUUAGAUAAUAACGAUGAGACCAAUAGUAAAGAUAAUAAUGAUAGUAAUAAUAAUAAUAAUAAAAGCAACGACGAUACGGUUGUUAUCAAAGACAAUUCAUUACCUAUUGAAUAUGAACCUAUAGUUUCAUUAACAACAGAUGAAAUACCAUCUGUCUCUGAUAUUAUGAUACCUUCUACUUCAAACACAUCAGACAAUGUACAUAUGAUAUUGGAUGAUUUUCGAAAUUCUGUUUAUGAUGCUUUACAAAGAUUACAGGAACAAUUAGCUCCUACAAUAAAUGCUACAGACAAUGCUGGUGUUCAUCCACUAACUACUUCAGAACUACCAAAUUUACAUCCAAUUUGUUGUGAUGUCGCAAUACAAACUAAUAAUGAUAUUCAUCUAUUAGAUGAUAAUAAAUCAUUGAAAACUUUAAAUGUGAUAAAUGAAUCAAAAUCCGUUCAAACAGAUAUAAUGGAAGUAUCUACAGAUCUUUCUAUAUUAAAUGAUUAUAGACCGCCGACAUUACAAGAACGUAUGAUGGAAGCGGAAAUUCUUCGUAUGGAACAAGAAAUUCAACGUUUAAAUGUAUUAGUUAGAUAUGCACGUGCUGAAAUGGGAUUAGAAAUGCAACGUCGUAUAGGUGAAUUACGUAGAAUAUGGAAUGAUGAAUUAAUUGCUAUUAUGGAAGCUGCUAGUAGAAUAUGGGAAUAUGAUGUUAUAAGAAUAGUUGAUGUUGUAAAACGUUGUCAAUGGUGUGCAUAUUGUGGACGUAUAGCUUAUUAUUAUUGUUGUUGGAAUACAUCGUAUUGCAAUAGUAAUUGUCAGUCGAAACAUUGGCCUUUUCAUAUGGGUUCUUGUGUACAAGUUAAAAGUCAAUUGACUAAUAAUAAUAAUAAUAAUAAUAAUAAUAAUAAUAAUAAUAAUAAUAAUAAUAAUAAUAAUAAUAACAAUUUAAAUGGUUCUAUACGUCAUCAUACUCCAUCACCCAACAUAACCAAUUCAUCUAAUAUCACCGAUCAACAACGUUUCUCUUUAUCACAACCAUCGGUUCUUGAACAUCUUACACAAAAUCAUCCUUAUCAUCCUCCUCAUCAUCACCACCACCAACAACGAAUGAUUUUACAAAAUCCAUCAAUUGGUAUGUAUCAAUUAAACAAUGAUGGUACUUCAUUAACUAAUAGUAAUACUUUAUUUCAACGUUCAUUAUCAUCAUCUUCUGUUUUACAAUCUCGAACAUUUAAGAAUUGA